UCUUUGUUAUUGAAUCUGUGCAGUUUUAUUGUCUGGUAGGUGUCGUUUUGGCUGACAAACUUGUGGACGCUUAUCUUUCUUCGCCUUAAAAACCCCACAUUGAAUUCACACAUAUAGCAUUUAUUGUAUUUUCUUCUUUGCCUGUGCUCUGUUUGGUCUCUGUUUUCCUCUGAGUAUUUCUCUGUGUGUCAUUUUGGUUGAGUUCCAAGUAUGACCAAUUCACAUGGUAAUAAUUCUGGUUGUUUUGCCGGCAUAUUACGCCGGAUUUUGUGCACCGGAAAUGUUCCCACCCACCCUUCCGAUCAGAUUUUGGAUUCUAACAAAGUGGUCGAGUCCAAAUCGAGUUGUCCUGAGAAAGAAGCAAAGGGUAAUGACAAAGUUCAUCAAAUUCAAAGUCCAAGUGGACCUGGGAUAGUGGCAAGGCUAAUGGGAUUGGAUUCACUGCCGGAGACGAAAUGGGUUCCCGGAGAUAGAACCCCAGAUUCAGUAAGUCGUAGUAGGUCAGUGAAUUUUGCUGAUUACUUGUUGAAAUUCGAUUUGAGCAGUAACAAUGAAGCUCAGCAUCAUCGCCGGGUAAGAACUUCGGUGUCGUUUCGUGAGGUUCCAUCGUCAUUUAAUGAGCAGAAUCAUGAUUUUCUUUUUGUGUAUUUGGAUAAUGCGAAUGAGUCCACCAAGGAAAUUGGGUUGAAGGGAAAGAAAUGCGAAGCGGGUUUUGGAGAAAAGAAGCAGGGGAUGGUGAAAGAAAAGAGUAGGAGCAGAGAGAAGGAGAAGAAAAGAGAAAAUGAGAGAAUGAAGAAUAAUAACAGUAAGAAAGAAAAAAAUGAGGGGACCAGAAAGAAAAUUUUGAAUCUAAAGGACGAACCAAGGAGGGAAUUAGUACGGAAAAAGAAUUCGAAGAAUUGUAGUACUAGUGGAAGUGGACCAAAAGGUUUGGGCUCUGUUUUACAGAAAAAUGUUAACAUCAAUGGUGGUGGAGAUUCCAAACCAGAAAAUCAGAAGAAAGUGACAAAACAAAAAUCCAACAAGAAGAGAAAAAACCAGCAUGCGGGUAAGAAAAUAGAGCCAAUUAGCCAAGAAAAUUCAAGUGGAGUCUCAGUGAUUGACAUCUAUGACAUUUUGAUUCAAAAUGAAACCCAGUUAUCAGCAGAAGAUUCAUUGCAGUCUAUGAAUUUAAAGAAGAAAUCUUCAGCAAAGGUUCAUAACAGUGAAGGGCUACUUGAAGGGAGUGCAGUGAAGAAAGAAGAGAAUGAGGCAGUCUUCAACAAAUGGGAAACAGAGGAUUACAUUGAAUUAGCAAACCAACUUAACAGAUUAACUGAUGAAAAUAUCAAAGAGUCAAACUGGACGUCAAAGGAUAUGUUAGAGUUUGAAGGUUUUGAUGAAGAAAUAUGCAUGGAAUUUGAAAGAAAAAUCGUUGAUAAUCUAUUACACCAGCUCAUAGAUGAACUUCUGGAAAUUCCUUAGGAAUUUUUUGUUUAUUUUAGCACUUUGUAAUGCUGUUAAAUGAGCUUGUUAAUCUAAAUUUGUAUAUAUGAAUCAAAAAGUUGUAUCUUUUUAAUCUCUUUUCAUAUAGAAUUGGAGUUUAGUGUGAA